AGAGGAUUCUUUCAGUGCCAAAAUUUGUCAUUUUGGCACGACGGAGCUCUAUGGGGAAGUGACGAAAACCAGCAAAACCAAUUCCAAUGCAAAACCCCUUGUGAGGACGGGCAACAAAGUGAUGAGGAUUGAAGGAACGAGAUGGUAUAUGGCACCAGAGCUUUAGUUCAACGGCAUGGUGAUGCAGAAGUGCGACGUGUACGCGUUCGGCGUGGUGUUGUUGGAGUUGUUGAGUGAACAGGAAUCCUUGAGAUACGUGGUUGAUGAAGAGAGCGGUGGGUAUAGCAGGCAGAGUGUUAUAGACUCGGCGAAGAAGGCAGUGGCGUAUGGAGUUGGAGGGGUGAGGAAGUGGGUGGACAAGAGGCUGAAAGACUUGUAUCUGUUGGAAGUGGCGGAGAAGAUGGUGGAGUUGGCAUUGGAGUGUGUGGAGGAGGACCUCGCAAAGAGGCUGGACAUGGGGCUGGUGGCCGGGCGGAUCUCAAAGCUGUAUUUGGAGUCCAAGACUUGGGCAGAGAAGAUUGUUUCUGAGGGGGAUGAGGACGAGGAUGGUGAAGAUGAUGAAGAUGAUGCUAGUGAAGAUGAUGCUGAGAAAGAAGAAAAUGAAGAAAUUAAAAUUAGUGAUAAUUUGAUUAUAACACAUAUAAAAAAAGUCCAACAUUGUAUUAAUAAAUGUGACAUAAAGUUCUGGAUUUCUGGUUCCAUGAGAAACCCAGGAGGAUGAAGAGGAAGAUGGUAAAGAUGAUGCGGGAAAGAAGAAAAUGAAAAAAUUAAAAUUAA